AUGGAGGAGCUGUCAAUCGUUCACGGUCCUCAAGAGCCCGCCCUUUGGUCCAAAACCCUGGGCCAACUGAUCGAGGAGCAGGCACGACGCCACGGCGAUCGAACGGCACUGGUGAGCCCAUGGCAGGAGAAGCGAUUGUCCUUCCGCGAGCUGGCGGAGAGCAGCAAGGCGCUGGCUUGUGCCAUGGUGCGCGCGGGGUUGCGCCUGGGAGACUGCCUUGCUGUUCUGGCUGGCAAUCGCUAUGAGUACAUCCAGGUGUUCCUGGCGGGGGCGAGGAUCGGAUGCCCUGUGCUGCCCUUGAAUAACGCAUACACUCCGGCGGAGGUGUAUCGCGCAGUGCAGAGAAGUUCGACUAGGUUCCUUUUCAUCUCGUCACAGAUCGGUCCCCGCAGCUUGUCGGCACAUCUGGAGAACCUGCUGUCGCCGUUAUCGCAGUGCAAUUUGGCCGAGCUCAAGGGCCUCGUAUGCUUUGACAGGGCAGGGCCAUUCACGGAGCCACACGUUCAUAGCUACGGUUCGUUUAUGGCGUCGGGCGAUACUGCAGACGACACCGAGGAUUUCUUGCAGGCAGCAGAGCGGAUAGUGCGGUUGUCGGAUAAUCUCAGCUAUCAAUUCACAUCCGGGACCAGCGGAGAGCCGAAAUUGUCCAUGCUCACACACCGGGGCCUGAUCAACAACGCUCGCCUGGUCGGCGAUGCGAUACGGUUGACCCGCGACGACAUCGUUUGCUGCCCACCUCCAUUGUUCCAUACCUUCGGUCUAGUCCUCGGCUUCCUGAACGCAUUCAGCCACGGUAGCGCGAUCGUCUUCCCAUCGGACCACUUCCAUGCGGAAAGCGUCAUUGACGCAGUGUUCCAGGAAAAGGCGACCGCCCUUCUGGGGGUACCGACCAUGUUUGUAGCCGAGCUCGAAGCCUGUGCAGCUAAGAAGCUUGACAUCACGACUACGCUGCUCAGUCGCUUGGAAGAGAGAUUCGGGGUGAAAGGCAUGUUGAUUGCCUAUGGCAUGACUGAGACAAGCCCUGUGACGUUCAUGACCUCAUUGGAUGACGCCCGAGAUAAAGCGAUGACUAGCCUGGGCAGGGUAUUGCCUCAUACCUCAGCCAAGGUGAUUCGUCCCGAUGGGACUAUCGCUCGGCGCGGAGAGAGUGGAGAAUUGUGUACGAGCGGCUACGGGCUCCAGAAAGGAUACUUCGAAAACGAAGCAAAGACCAAGGAGGCCAUGCGCCGGGAUGCAGAUGGGAGGCUGUGGAUGCAUACAGGUGAUCAGUGCUAUAUCGACAAUGAGGACUACUGUCACAUCAGUGGCAGGAUCAAGGAUGUUAUCAUCAGAGGCGGUGAGAACAUGUUUCCCCUUGAGAUUGAGGAACGUCUCCUUCUUCAUCCUGCUAUCGCAGAGGCAAGCGUGGUGGGGGUUGCAGAUCCAAAAUACGGCGAAGUAGUGGGUUGCUUCCUCAAGUUGACCCGCGGACACCACAAGCCACAAGACCAGGACCUGCGGGAUUGGGUGCGCGUGGAAUUAAGCUGGCACAAAGCUCCCCAGCAUGUCUUCUGGAUCAGAGAGGAAGGAGUCUGUGCUGACUUUCCCAAGACUGCUAGUGGGAAGCACCAAAAGCACAUCAUGAAGGAGAUUGCAAACACAUUCUUGUCGAAGAAAGACUUGGGCAAAGGAAGAUUUAUAAUUCCUAUCAAUGACCGUGACAUUUGUGGUCCAAUGCUUUGUCGUGUGGACAGACUGUGUUCCUGA